UUAUGAAUUACACUUCAGAUCUGAGACGUGCUGAAGUAGACAGAGCUUUCAAAAAAGCAUUCAAAGUUUGGUCUGAUGUGACACCACUCAACUUCACCAGAAUACGAAGUGGUAUAGCUGAUAUAAUGAUCUCCUUUGGCACUAAAGAACAUGGUGACUUUUACCCCUUUGAUGGUCCCUCUGGAUUACUGGCACAUGCUUUUCCCCCUGGUCCAGACUAUGGAGGAGAUGCCCAUUUUGAUGAUGAUGAAGCCUGGUCAGAUGAUUCUAGAGGGUACAACUUGUUUCUUGUUGCUGCCCAUGAAUUUGGUCAUUCUCUGGGACUUGAACACUCUAGAGACCCUGGAGCUCUGAUGUUUCCAAUUUACACAUACACUGGAAAAAGUGGGUUUGUGCUUCCUGAUGAUGAUGUGCAAGGGAUCCAAGAGCUCUAUGGUGCUGGAGACAAAGAUCCCAACCCAAAACAUCCCAAAACACCAGAGAAAUGUGAUGCAGAAUUGUCACUUGAUGCAAUAACAGAACUUCGUGGAGAAAUGCUGGUCUUCAAGGACAGGUUUUUCUGGCGACUGCACCCUCAGAUGGUUGAGGCAGAACUGGUGUUACUUAAGUCCUUUUGGCCAGAGCUUCCAAAUAAAAUAGAUGCAGCUUAUGAAAAUCCCAUCAAAGAUCUUGUGUUCAUGUUUAAGGGAAAGAAAGUCUGGGCUUUGAAUGGCUACGACAUAGUUGAAGGUUUUCCUAAAAAAAUAUAUGAAAUGGGGUUCCCAAAAGAAAUGAAAAGAAUAGAUGCAGCUGUCCAUAUUACAGACACUGGCAAGACUCUCUUUUUCACUGGAAAUAAGUACUGGAGUUACGAUGAAGAGGCAGAAGUUAUGGAAGCAGACUACCCCAGAUUGAUAGAGGAAGACUUCACAGGAAUUGGUGAUAAAGUGGAUGCAGUCUAUCAAAGAAAUGGUUAUCUCUACUUCUUCAAUGGACCACUGCAGUUUGAAUACAGCAUCUGGAGCAAAAGAAUUGUCCGUGUCCUGCACACUAGCUCCAUAUUUUGGUGCUAAUUACAGCUAAUGCCAUGUCAUAAGCUGCAGAGCAGCUUCUAGUACAUGGAAAUAAUAAUAUGGGCAUAUAGAUUCAUUAGAGAACAGCAAGGUUCUGUGAACAAGCACUGGCUACCUACCACCAAGUGUAUACUGUAUAUAUGAAACUAUAUAGCUGUAUGUCAGUCUGGGACUGAAUUAACUUAAUAAGAAAGAAGAAAAGAAAUUAUUAGCAUUUCAAGGGGCAUUACACCAUUUAAAGUUUGUAUAGUAUUGAAGAGAGAUGCUGGAUACAUCCUACAUGAUCAUGAGCACUAUGAAUUCCCAGUAAUCUGG